AUGGAUGGGGUCGCGCGGAUCAGCCAGCGCAUCACGAAGCAGACGGGCCAUCUGAUCCGUAUUGAGGCCGCGCGCACGGAGAAAGACCAGAGCCCAUACCAGCCGUUACAGGCGUACAUGGAUGAGGAGCAGAUCCAGCGGCAUGUCGAGCCAUGGCAGCAGAUCGUGAUGUUUUUCGCCCGCACCCAGGUCGAGCACGAUUGGCAGAGCCCGCCAUACCGAUUCACCCCCCGCCAGCGACGGGCAUGGCAGGCACUAUGGCGGUGUGCCCAAGACACGCGUGGGAGCCCCGACCCCAUGGACAGCCAGGGCCAGGAUCGGGGCCAGAGCCAGGGCGACCACACCGACGAGGAGUAUCAGAUGACUUCGAUCCAGACCGCAUGCAUGGACUUUUGCAUUGAGCUAUUGAACCAGCGCAUCGGCGCCGAAGAGUACGAGUGUGCAUUGGUCUGCGCAUUAGCCGUGCUUGGUCAGGGCCGUGAUCGAUGGCGGGACGCGGAGAGCUAUCCCCCGAUUUUGUCCAAGAUGAUCAAGAUCAGCCGAUUCAUGGUAUUACACAAAUCAUUACGAUUAGAUCCACGGGCCGAGGCGAUCAUCCAGUACAUGCGCGACCGUCGGGAGCUCAGCGUGUGGUCCGUGGAGAGCCCGAUGGACGAUGUCGACUAUACAUACGCUGGGCAGGACGAGGGCUACGGGAGCGAGAGCGCACCAGGCAGCGCACCGAGCAGCGCAGCGAGUAGUCCCAGGAGUAGUCCCGGGAGUAGCCCAGCGUUUGAGCCCGUCCAUCGUCGGGAGCCGAUGCAAUUCAGCCAGCAGCAGCGACGGAAACCACGACCGUUUCGCGAAUGGCUGCGAUUGUUGACGGACACGUUCAUGGUCCGCGGCACGCAUAGUCCGAUGCAGUGGAUGCUCGAUUUGCGCACGUACGGUUUACGCAUCCAUUACAGCAGUACGGCCACCGGCCACGUGAGCUGGUCCGGCCAGGACGAGUUGCUUUACAAGGAGGUCCAUUUCACGAUGGGCGAUUUCCGGGGCUUUGUCCACGGGUUGGUCAGCUCCAUGCGCCAGCUGCUACACGAGGAGCUAUUGAUGUGCGACGCCGCCAGCGCCCCCACGAUCCCAUGGGACCAGAUGAUGGACGACCCGACGCAGCCCAAGCCCGGGUGGAGUUUUUGA